AUGGCCAACGAUCACAUCCUCACUCUGUCGUGCCCCGACAAGUCCGGCAUCGUUUAUGCCGUGACUGGCAUCUUUGCCGACAACAAGCACAACAUUCUCGACCUCCAGCAAUUCUCCGAUCCCGUAUCUGAGCGUUUCUUUAUGCGAGUUCACUUUGGUCCUACCGAGACUGAAUCCACCGAGCACCUCACUGAAGCUUUUGACAAGCUCGCCGCCGAGUACAAGAUGGAAUACGAUAUUCGUCCCGUUGCCCGCAAGACCCGAGUCCUCAUCAUGGUCUCCAAGAUUGGCCACUGCCUCAACGAUCUUCUCUUCCGCAUGAAGACUGGCCAACUUCGCAUGGAGGUUCCCGUUAUUGUGUCCAAUCAUCCCGAGUAUGCCGCCCUCGCCGAGAGCUACGGAAUUGAGUUCCACCAUCUCCCCGUGACAAAGGAUACCAAGGCUCAGCAGGAGGGACAAGUUCUUGAGCUCUGCAAGAAGCACGGCAUUGAACUUAUUGUCCUGGCUCGUUACAUGCAGGUUCUCUCUCCUACAUUGUGCGAGGCCAUGUCUGGUCGUAUCAUCAACAUCCACCACAGUUUCUUGCCUUCUUUCAAGGGAGCCAAGCCUUACCACCAGGCUUACGAGCGUGGUGUCAAGAUUAUUGGUGCCACCUCUCACUUCGUUACUGCUGAUUUGGAUGAGGGCCCCAUCAUUGAGCAGCGCAUUGCCCGUGUUGACCACGCCAUGAGCCCCAAGGAUUUGUCCGAGGAGGGUUCCAAUGUUGAGAGCCAAGUUCUUGCUGCUGCUGUGCGAUGGUAUGCUGAGAAGAGGCUUUUCCUCAACGGUCACAAGACUGUUGUUUUUAACUAG